AUGAAUGGACACCGAAGUAACAGACGACCAAAUCUUAUUAAAAAGAAAAAUACAAAGAGCGCUGCAUGGAAUUUUUUCGGAAUCGAGGCAGACGAACAUGGCGUAUCAAUACCAUCACAAGAGCAUCGGCCCAUUUGCAGGAUAUGCUACAAGUCAGUGCCAUGUAAAACUGGCAACACCACAAAUUUGUUUAGUCAUCUUCGUGAACGACACCCCGAUGCAUACAAAGAAGCAAAUCAAGGAAAUAUGAACACAAAGAAAGCAUCAAGGAGUCAAGGUAUGCAGCCAACACUUGAGACUGUUGUUGAGCGCUCAACUCAUGAUCCCAAAGGUAGCCAAGCAAAAGAACUGAAUCAUGCAGUAGCUUAUUUUUUAGCGAAAGACAUGCAACCAUUGCAGACAGUGGAAAAACCUGGGUUUAAAAAGAUGAUUGCCAAAUUAAACCCUAGAUACAAGCUCCCUUCGAGAAAGCACUUUUCACACCAAGAAAUUCCACGUUUAUAUAAUCAGGUAAAAGAAACAGUGGUUAAUCCCAAGCUAAGCCAAAUUGACUUUUUUUCUGCUACAACAGACUUAUGGACCAGCAGGGCAACGCACCCUUACUUGAGUUAUACAGUUCAUUUCAUUGAUUCCGCAUGGGGACUUCAGUCAAUUUGCCUUGAGACCGUGCCCUUGUUUGAAGAUCAUACUGGAGAAAACAUUAUUGAGUCCAUCAAUGAUAUAUUGAGCAAUUGGAACCUUUCAACUGAUAAGCUAGUCCUUACUGCAACGGACAAUGGCAGUAAUUUUAUUGCUGGGUUUCACUCACGUGGUUGGUUACGAUUGAGCUGUUUUGGACAUUGUUUGGACCUUGCUAUUAACAAGUGCUUGGAAAUGCAAAGAGUACAAAGGUCAGUGAGACGAUGUAACGCUCUAGUAGCAUCAUUUAGUCGAAGCUGGAAGAAGCAGAGGAACCUCAAAGAGAAACAAAGUCAGCUGGGUCUUCCAGAACACAAGCUUGUUGGUGCAGUUACCACACGUUGGAACUCAACUUACGACAUGGUGGAAAGAAUAUUGGAACAGCAGCAAGCGUUGUCAGCUGUCCUUCUCGAAGACAGAAAGUCGUGGUGCCUUAUGCUAAAUGAUGCAAGAUGUUACAGUGCUAGAGACGUUUGCUGA